GAAAAGUCGUAAAGCGGAAGUUGUCAAAUAAAAAGAGGAAAAGGCGGAAGUGGUGAUAUAAACAUGAGAGGCGCCUUCCUUUAAAACACCACCGAAUGGAUUUGUGAAUUAUUACUCCCGCAACAAUGCCACUAUUGACACAAUCGCAGGGUGAUAAUGCCGUUUACGUGUUGACUGCCAGUUUGGACAACGCUCGCAAUUUGUCCAACAUCCUGAAAGCCAUUGCUUUUAAAGACCACGCCAUCUUCACUGCCACCCCCAACGGGCUAAAAGUUACUGUGGAGGAUUCUAAGUGUCUUCAGGCCAAUGCCUUUAUCCAGGCUGAAAUCUUCCAGGAGUUCACCAUCAAGGAAGAUCUGGUUGGAUUUCAGCUGAACCUCGCUGUUCUGUUAGAUUGCCUUAAUAUCUUUGGAGGAAGCACAGUACCGGGUGGCGUGUCAACUGCCCUGCGAAUGUGCUACAGAGGCUACGGUUACCCUCUGACCCUGUUCUUGGAGGAGGGCGGUGUGGUGACAGUUUGCAAGAUCAACACACAAGAACCCGAGGAGCCUAUUGACUUUGAGUUCUGCAGCAGCAAUGUCACAAACAAGGUAAUCCUGCUGUCUGAAAGUCUGAAGGAGGCAUUUUCUGAACUGGACAUGACCAGCGAGGUGCUCCAGAUCACCAUGUCCCCCAGCCAGCCUUAUUUUCGGCUCUCAACUUUUGGCAACUCUGGGAAUGCUCAUUAUGAUUAUCCUAAAGACUCUGACAUGAUGGAGCUGUUCCAUUGCUCCCAGACGCAAACCAACAGAUACAAGAUGGCUUUGCUGAAACCGUCCACCAAAGCUUUGGCUCUGUCCUGCAAAGUGUCAGUGAGGACCGACAGCCGGGGUUUCCUGUCGCUGCAGUACCUGGUCCGGAAUGACGACGGGCAGAUCUGCUUUGUCGAGUAUUAUUGUUGUCCCGAUGAAGAGGUGGAAUAGGAGUGAUCGAGAAGAAGGGAUCACACUUCUUGCUAAAAUUGAGUUGAGUGGUUCAAAUAUGGCAGGUGCUGCUUGAACGAGGUUGGUGAAGUGGAUUCUAGACUAUAACAGGUUCAAGCAAGGUGAACUAGCGGAACACUUUCUUGUACACGGACUAUGUUAAUAAGAACUUUUAUGUUUAAGCAUUGUUCUUGCAGCGCUGCACAGAAAUGUUCAUCACCUAAUUUCUAUGAAGUGAUGGGUAGAUUUUCUAAGGAUGCUCAUUUCAAAUUUGGAUUAAAAUCCACUUUGUCAUGAAAUUAAAAUAUUUUUACAUAUCACA